AACUGCAUCACAUCUGCAACAGUCUGAUAAAAUGGGGAUUCUGGAGAAGAUUGCUGAUAUCGAGCGAGAAGUCGCUCGUACUCAAAAAAACAAGGCUACAGAAUACCAUCUUGGUCUUCUCAAGGCCAAACUUGCCAAGUAUCGCACAAUGCUACUCGAACCAACCGGAAAUUCAGGACCAAAGGGAGUUGGCUUUGAUGUUGUCCGAUCAGGCGAUGCUCGUGUGGCCAUGGUCGGUUUCCCAUCUGUCGGCAAAUCCACUCUACUGAGCAAAACUACCGAAACAAAAUCUGAAGUUGCAUCGUAUGAAUUUACAACCCUGACCUGCAUUCCUGGAAAGAUCAAUUACAAUGGUGCUCAGAUCCAAUUGUUGGAUUUGCCUGGUAUCAUUGAAGGUGCAUCACAAGGAAAAGGUCGUGGGCGACAAGUCAUUGCUGUAGCCAAAACGGCAGAUUUGAUUCUCAUGAUGCUGGAUGCUACAAAGGGACCUCGUCAACGUGAGCUUCUUGAAACAGAAUUAGAAGCUGUUGGUAUUCGUAUCAAUACGCACAGACCCAAUAUCUAUUUCAAAGUGAAAAAAGGAGGCGGUAUUUCCUUCAAUGCCACUCAAAAAUUGACACAUUUAAACGAAAAGAUGGUGUACAAUAUCUUGCACGACUACAAGAUUCACAAUGCAGAAGUGUUGGUUCGAGAAGAUGCCACGGUUGACCAGUUUAUUGACGUUGUUCUUGGAAAUAGAAAAUACAUCAAGUGUUUAUACUGCUAUAACAAGAUUGAUCAGGUUUCAAUCGAGGAAGUUGAUCGACUUGCACGGCAGGAUUAUACUGUGGUGAUUUCAUGUGAAUCUGACCUGAAUUUGGAGUAUUUGGUUGAUCAGCUGUGGCAUCAUUUAGACUUGAUUCGUGUCUAUACGAAAAAGCGUGGCGAAUUUCCUGAUUUUGAACCUGGAUUGAUUCUAAAGCGAGGAUCCACCGUUGAACAAGUAUGUAGAUCCAUUCAUAGAUCACUACUCGAUGAAUUCAAGUUUGCGCUCGUGUGGGGUGUAUCGGCAAAGCACAAUCCUCAGCGAGUCGGUCUUGGUCACAUUGUAGAAGAUGAAGAUAUUAUCCAGGUUGUUAAGAAAAAAGCAUAGUUACACUGGAGAAUAUGGACC